GGUACACACCUAUAAAAGUGGACUCGACCACCAAUCAAUCAUCUCAAAUCUACCUUAACCAAUGGCAAAUUUAGGCCUACCCCUAUCUCUCUAGGGUUACCUGUUAGCUAAUUUUAGGGUUCCCUUUUCCAAUCCUAAAAUCCACAAACCAAGCAAAAAUACAUGUCCCAAUGCAUAGAUUACAAGUCUUAAAACUUCAAAACUCAAUUUAUUAAAAAGUUCAUCUACCAUUUUCUCCCCUACUCAUACACUCUAUCUUUGAUUUUUCUUCACACAUCUUUCCUUCAUAGUCUCUCUCUCCUUCUCUCUCUCAUCUAAACAAGAAAGAACAACCUCUUUUAGUGAAAGCAAGAGAUUUUCAAGAAAAUUGAUCAAGAUGGUGAGAGGGAAGACUCAAAUGAGGAGAAUUGAGAAUGCUACAAGUAGACAAGUAACCUUCUCUAAAAGAAGAAAUGGGUUGCUGAAAAAAGCUUUUGAACUUUCUGUGCUUUGUGAUGCUGAAGUUGCUUUGAUCAUCUUCUCUCCAAGAGGCAAACUUUAUGAAUUUGCAAGCUCAAGCAUGAAGGAGACCAUAGAAAGAUACAGAAGUCAAGUGAAAGAUGUUCAAACAGAUUCUUCAAGCGUCGAAGAUGUUCAGCAUUUGAAGAAUGAAACAGCUAUCAUGGCAAAGAAGGUAGAACUCCUAGAAGUUGCAAAAAGGAAACUUUUGGGAGAAGGUUUAGGAUCAAGCACAAUUGAAGAUUUAGUUAAGAUUGAACAGCAGCUGGAAAGGAGCGUACGCAUUAUUCGAGCACGAAAGAUGCAAGUUUACAAUGAACAGAUUGAGCAGCUAAAGGCAAAGGAAAAAUUGCUUGCAGAUGAAAAUGCCAUACUGACAGAGAAGUUUCAAAGCCAAGAAGACCAAGUAGCAGAAGAAAUGAGGGCGGAUUUACGUGUUGUCGAAAAUGGAGAGAACUCGGAUGUGGAAACCGAAUUGUUCAUCGGACCACCAGAGACAAGAACGAAGCAAAGAUGGCCAAAGUAACCGCGUGGUUUAUACAUAUAUACGUAGUACAUAUAUCUAUGUAUCUAUCUAUCUAUCGAGAGUAUGUUACGUUAACAAUAUUAAGAUGUAUGUGCAUGCAUUAAGCUUGCAAUUGUUGCUUUGCAACAAAAUUUUCAAUCUGACGGAAGUCUUGAAAUGAAUCAAACUUUGUUAGCUGAAAGCACAAUUUGUUUUUAAGAAAUUUGUUAAGUUAUUGUACA